CUCGCAUGGUCGUGACACCUUUUCCCUUUUUGCCACCAUGAACAAGAACGAGAUCCCCUCAACGCUAGAGCCUGAAAUGGAUAAUUAUCAGAAACAACUGGUGGAUUCUUGCUUUGAGGAAGGACAAUAUAUCGCCGGUAUAAAAGCCCUUGAACAACUCCGGUCUCCCAAUCACAGGCCAGCUGGAUAUCACAUUCGCCAAUUACUUUACAUUGCACUACAUCCAGCCAAAAAAUCACCCGCUAUACAAGUCCCAGGCUCGCCCAGCAAAUUAGAAAAACGGCGACUACGGACGUUGAUGUCAAUUUCCCUCGAAGCCUCGUUAGCUGCACAAAGAACCCUUUUUGCGUUCGCUCAAACGAACAGCCUUGAGGCCAUAUUCAAUGCACUUCCUUCACUCUCCAGGACAGAGGACGCAACUGGGUCGAUCGAAGACUCACCUUUAGCCAUCGAGGCGCUUUGCAUCUCCCGAUGCAAAUCCUGUUGGAAUUUGCUCUCUCCUGGUCUUAUUCAGCCUACUGCUGAACAGUUUCAUGUCAAAAGAUAUCCAAGCAGUGACUCCGAGGAGGAUGACCUAGAACCGGUCGUUGCUGACCAUGCCUGGCCAGUUCUCAAGUGGCUAAUAUUUCUUUUUGAACACGACGAGGCUCGUAUGGAAAGAAAAGGACUGCCGCGCCAUUCUCCGUGUUUGUUGGAACAAAUACCUGCUCCAAAGGGUGAACGAAAUUUGCGAUGGGAGGUCGAAGCACCUUUAGAUAUCGUAUUUUCAUGCUUGAAAGCACCAGAGAGUCACCAAUUGCUGGGAGCGAGGCUAUUCAUGUUGAUCAUCAAUCUUUCUAGCACGACAUUCUUCGACUUUCAUGCCUUCGUCAUUGGCGUGUACAAACGAGUGACUGCCCAAUCCGAUAUCCUGGAUGACUUUUUGACACUUUUGUCUCGCCUUUCUUGCACUUUGGCCGUGUUGAGGUUCAAGGUCACAUUCUUGCAGAAGUGUCUUGCGCCGACUGCUAUUUCCUCCCGAACCUCCCGUCCAAAACCUCAAGCCCGUGCUCCUGCCAAGCAAAAGCGUUACGAGGAGCCUCCUUCUACUAACCGCGGCGCAUCCGUUCCAUCACAGCGGAUUACAAGCAAACCUGUGCUUCCGUCGUUUGCCGACAUAUCAAAGGCCUUGGGAAACCCCCCACCAAAAACAGUUCGCUCAAUGAAUAACACAGUCUCUUUCGAGCUCCUGGCUUCCUACGGGACUCUGCAAUCGCAGAUAGCAGUACCGGAGAGAGACUCGGAGUGGAUGGAGCUUGAGAGCGACGACCGUUGGGAAGCUUUGCUAGAUACGGUAUUCAAAGACCGGGACAAUGCAGAUAGUUAUCGGUCAAUCUUGACAACGUUGAGGACGACAUGGUAGACAACUCUGACGAGUUCAUUAGUUAUGUCCUACAAUGCGCAAAGCUCGAUGCCGAGAUUCGUUUCGGUUAGCACC